AGAUAUCGAACGAACUAGGUCAACGAAAAAUCGUGUUGCGCGAACUAUAAUAAUUUCAUUUGAUUUUUCUAUGCAGUACUAACUUAUUGAUUGUUAGGACACGGUUUAACGAUAAUUAUUUCUAUAUUGGUGACGGUUUGAAUAAACAGAUAAACAAGCUUUCUGUAACUGUAUAAACGGAACAGCUUUCGAAGCAGCUGUUACUGGAAAAUGCGAUAGUGCGCGUCCCUGCCAUAUUUUGGCAGACCAACGACUAAAACGUGUAACAAAUAAUCUCGAUUGUUAGCAGACUGCUCGUGCCUCGAGCAUACUACUCAUUCUCGUUUGCGAGAAGUUAUUAAUAAUAAACGUACUCGAUGAAAUCGGUUGCUUCUGUCCCUGAAACGAAUUUCCAAGGUAUCGGGCGUGACAUGGCAGAGCGGCUUGGUUUGGGACCCGAAAUUCGGGAACUAAAGCUAGGACCGACAUUUACGAACAAUAGAUCCACAGCCUUUCACACUCUGAAAUAUGAUUUUAAACCAGCAAGUGUCGAUGUUUCCAAAGUAGCAAGGGUUGAAGUUGGAACUAAUAACACGAUGACAGUUACUGUGCCGCACUUAGAUGGUGCAGGAAUUCCUCACACAGUUUUCAAAGGUUCUCAAAGACCUUAUCAUAAAGAAUGUGUUCUGAUAAUAGAUAGAGUUACAGGAGAAAUUACUUUGGAAAAAUUAACUGCAAACAUACAAGUUAAAAAAACUCGAACAGAACCAAAGUCUCAACCACACUUAGGAAUUCCUGGGGGAAAUAGUAGUAGUAGACCUAUAACACCGGUUGAAACUAAGAGGAGUCCAACGCAUGGAAGAGCAACUGGGAGGACAAAAGUUACAAGUGGAAAAAAAAGAGAACCUAGCGUGCAAUUACAUCCAAAACAAUUUAGUCCCCUUAGAGUUUCUCCAUAUCAUGGCAAAAGUCCACCAUCUACUUCAACUAAUAGUUCACCAGUGCAACCAUCAGUGGCACCAUCAACUUUGGCUAGUUUGCCAAUGAUCGGUUCCGAUAACGAUGACUGUCCUUUAUCAUCGUCUGGAUCAUUCCCGACUAUAAAUUCUUCCGCACCACCGAGAUCGUCUCCUGCAAUAAAUACUCAACCAACGACAAAAUCUGCAACCGUAGGCGGUGACGAAGGAGCGCUCAGCGAUUCUACUACAAGUAGCUCGAGUUCAGAUAGUUCCGAUAGCGAUUCCGAUACCGUAAAUAGACCAGCGUUAACGGGAACUAAUGGACACUUGAAUAGUUCAGCUUCGUCUCCCACAUUACUAAUGCCAAAUAAUCUUUUAAACGAUGACUUGCAAUUAUCAGAAUCGGAAUCUGACAAUGAUUAAUGUAACUAUUUUUCAGAAAUGCUAAAAAAUCUUCUGAAGAUCGUUUCGCCAAAAAUUAUAUUUUUCUCGGCAUUUGCUACAGUACAUCAAAAGAUCCACGAAGAUAAGUUAAAAAAAUGUUAAUUUUGUUCUGUGCCACCCAAGGAAAUGUGUAUAGCAAGUUGGAAAGCAUUCUACGCAUAUCCUGCAGUAAGUUAUGCUAUAUACAAAUACACAACAAACUUUGCUUUUUGAGCAAUAAAUAUAUGGUAAAAAAAAAUGAUGAAUACAAAUGGUAAUGUAGCGUAUGUAUAUUUAUUUAUAAGGUACUAGGGAUUGUACAAUUACUAUCGACUAAUAUUUAGUGUAAUUAUAUGAUCUUCAUUUUCUUAUAUACUUUGAAGGUAGAAAUCUUGCCAAAAUCUUUUAUGCGCUUCCUGGUAACGUGGCAGAAGCUUUGUUUUUUUAAAAUCUUAAAUCGAUUCUUUGUGUUUUCGAAAUACCGAAUAUCCAAAUGCCAUACAUGAUAUGUAUGUACAUAUAUCCGAUUGGUUAUCUAUG